UAUAAAUGUUUGCCUCAGCAACUGAAUGGAUUUGGAAUUAUAUCAUUCAUGAAGUAUCGGUGAUAGACUGCCGUUCACCAAUACAGUGUGGAGUAGAAACACGACUGUGUUCUAUCAAGCUAAAUAAUCCAGCGUUCGAAUUUACAAACUGGCAUGGAAACAAGACUCGCAUUAUACGCGAAGGCGAGGAAGAAUUUCGUGAAGACGAGUGGGCUAUGUGCAUAAAAAUACACGAAAAUGCUUCUGGUAAAUUAGGUAAUGUGCUUGAUAUUUUUUGUCUUGCAACACAACCAGGAAGGGCAACAGUGAAGCUAGAUCUAGGCAGGUGGUAUAAGUUUGUCAACGAAUCAGAAUUUUCAAUAUUUGUUGAAUCUCCAUGGUCUCCAGGCAGUCCAGUGUGCGAUAAUAAUGUGGGUAAUGUGCAAGUUCGAAACAUCGGAAACAAGAUAAUAAAAGCACCCUCGUUAAAUCAAGAAACUGUUACCAGUAAACCUGAUGAAACAGUGAUGAAAAAUGAAAGACAGGAUGAAAAGGAAAAAUGUUCUGCAGAUUCUUAUGAAAACAACAAUAUCUCUGAUAAAUGUCACUCUCCAAAUGUUCCUUAUAUUGAAUGGAUACCAGAGUUUGAUGGUUUGACUGAGAAACCAUUGUUUCCUGGUGAUGACCAUUUUAAAUGUUUGAUUCAUUUGGGCUCUCAAAGUUCACCAAAAUUACUUUCAUCUAAUGAUCUGACUGUUUUUAACUAUAAAAAACAAAUUAUUGCUGAUGUCAAGAUAUUGCGUCCAGGUGUAAUGCAAGCCAUUAUUCCCUUGAAAGACAUAAGGAUUGGUACAGGAGAUAAAGCACACUUCACAUUCCACACCCCCGGGGAAAACGUGUUGCCGCUAGAUAUUAGCUUCACUGUGUAUCAGAAAUUUGACAAGGAAUCAUGCAAAAAUAUAGUAUUACGCAAAAACAAUCAAAAAGGAUUUCAAUGCAAAAACAUUUUGGCAAGUGACAUCAAAGGAGAAGACAGAUGUUAUCUUAAUAAUAUUGAAAGAGUUUGUUGUGUAGAAAAAGAUGGUACAAAGCAGGUAAUAAAGGUCGAGCCUAUUAAUUCUGAUGUUCGGCUUAUUUUACCUGAACUGUGCGAUGAAGUAAAAUGUCAGAAAAUACUUCUACACCUACUCAGAGCAAUUUUCUAUCGUAAAAAGGCUUCAGAAACUGACAAAGAACGAAUGAAAUGGAAAGAAAAAGCAAUGGAAACAUAUGCAGCUAACAAUCAAAAACAUUCAUCAUUCUGUAAACACAUCAAAACGAAGUAUGCAGAUCUUAUGCAACAGUACAACGAUGAGGCCAGUAAAGAGAUUUUUGCUUUUUUCAAUGAAGAACGAGGAUUGAAUCAUGUUGAUCUUCAUGGUCUGUUAGUGGUGAAUGAAGAAACACUUGCCAGAGAUAAAGAACAGCUUUUAGAAGACAAUCCUGAAGAAAAAGUGAUAACUAUCAUAAACGAACGACGAGAACGAGGAGAUGAAGCAGUAAGAAAGCUAAAAGAAAAGAUUGAUGAAUUUAUGGAAAAGAUGGAUAUUAAAGCACGAAGUGAAAAGAAGACAUGGCUUGAAGUUAUUGUCGGUGCUGGGCAUCAUUCCAUGGCAGGAAGACAAAAAAUACGUCCAAAAGUUGAGAUGUUUUUACAAGAGGAAUACCCUGGUAAGAUUUCAGUUGUCAAUGAAGGUGCACUGGUGGUAACCUUUGAAGAAUAUCCAAAUGGUGGAAGGUGUUUUGGUCAUUAUUACUGCCAAACAUGCAAGAAGAGUUGGAGAAGUGGGCAAAGUUUUAAAAACAAGUGGCAAGGUUGUUUCAAAUGCUACGAUGAAGGCAAAGGCAUUAAAAAAUGUUUACCAGUAAUGCAACAACCACUGCAGAAGAGUGAGCUGCGAGGAGGUGCAGGAGCUAGAAAGUAUCGUCAUUUAAAGCAACUUUGUCAAGUAUGUGAAGAAGGUGGUUCAUGUACCAUGUAACUUUAUCUAGUAGACGUAAAUUAUCCAAUGAGCUCCAGGAGCGUUUAUUAAUUUUUCACAAACCAGACAUGUUUGAUGGGCAAGAAGUGUUCAUUUGAGUAGAGCAUUCACCUUCACAGAAAUAACAAGACAGGACUCAAAAUAACGUUUCAUCAUACACUGGUCACAAUGACCAUUAGUUUCCAUUUUUGACCGGUGUCCCAGUUGAUUUGGACCCCCAUAGAUUUGGACUCCCGGUCCAUAUCCACUAGUAGAUUUAGACCCCCGGGUCCAAAUCUAUUUUUCCAAAUUUACUGGUGGAUAUGGACCCCGGGGGUCCAAAUCUACUAGUAAAUAUGGACCCACGGUGGCGGAUUUGGACCCCCUUCAAAUGUUAAAUAUAUGUAAUGUGAACCCAAUAAUAUAAACCAAAUUCAUAAUAGCGAUCAAUCUGAAGUAUUUAGUCACUUUAAAUAUUUGUGAUAAAGGCCACAAAACAUAAAAUAGAAAAUAGAAUACAAUCGUAGAAAUUGUAUACAGCAUUUGGAUCGACACGAAACACGAUUUUCAUGAAUGUUUUUAAACAAUAAGUGAUGGUGACUCAUCUCAAUGGAAUCCUGCGGCUGCAACUAUCCACUAUUAGUAUAAACCUACUAGUAGGCUAUCACAUAUUGUGCCUUCUGAUUGGCUACGCUACUAGUAGGCUAUUAGUGAUAGCCUACUAAUAGAAAAUUCAAAAUGGCGGAAAAUUCGCGUUUUGCACUUUUGCCGAAGUGUCUGAUGAUUUUUUGGACGACUUGUUAAACAAUUCUGUACUAAAACCCCCGAAAAAAGCAACAAAAAUAUGGAAUGGAAAUUUUUAAGGUUAAGAAAAUAGACAAAAUAACAUACACUCAAUGAAAUUUUAAAAUUAAAACUGAAUUUUGUAAAACAUUUUACGCGAAC